UGUAAUAUAUUGAUUAAGUAGACGUCAUUUUUUUUAUGUUUAUUGGCUUUGUCCUGUAAAGGUAACAUCAUUUAGUUCUUUGUUACGUACUUCCAUGUUUAUUAAGCUUUACGCUAUUGCACAUGCGUGAGAUUUUUUCUGGAGUUCGGAAAACUGAUCCGCUAAAUGCGAGCCACGCGACUAGCGACUGCUUACGAUAAACUACGUAUACGGUUAUAAAAUAAUAUUAUAUAUUAUAAAGAUUUCUCAAAGGAGAAGAAAUUGUGCGAAAUGUCGGCAACAAACAUCAAUCAACAGAAUACUAAAAUGGCGAAGUCAACCAAGAAACGCCAGGCCGAUGAUACUCACAUGGAGGUGGAAGUAAUUAAUGGUAUACAAGGAAAAGCAAAACAACAUUCAGCUAAUAAAAAAGCUAAGAAUGUGCAGGGUGGAGAGCAAAGAAAGAUAUCAAUACCAAUGCACAGAUAUACACCUUUAAAGGAAAAUUGGUUGAAGAUUUUUACACCCAUUGUUGAACAUCUGAAAUUGCAAAUACGCUUAAAUCUAAAAACUAGAAAUGUUGAAAUUAGAACAUCGCCAGAAACUGUAGAUAUUUCAAAUCUCCAAAAGGCAGCAGAUUUUGUGAAAGCUUUUAUUUGUGGAUUUGAUGUAGAGGAUGCUUUAGCAUUGUUACGUUUGGAUGAUCUUUUCGUGGAAACAUUUGAAAUACAAGAUGUUAGGCAACAGUUAAAAGGUGAUCAUCAGUCUCGAGCGAUUGGAAGAUUAGCAGGUAAAGGUGGGAGAACAAAAUUCACUAUUGAAAAUGUGACAAAGACCAGAAUUGUCUUAGCAGAUAGUAAAAUACACAUUCUCGGUUCUUUCCAAAAUAUACAACUAGCUCGUAGAGCAAUAUGCAAUUUGAUUUUGGGAAGUCCACCUUCCAAAGUUUAUGGACAAUUGAGAAAUAUAGCUAGUAAGAUUGCAACACAGUUUUAAUAGUUAAUUAUAUAUUAUAUUUGUAUUAUAAAUAUACAUACAUAUACAUUUUAUUCUAUAUUCUUCUUAGUUGCAUUGUGUUCUGUACUUGAAAUAAAUAUAAAUAAAUAUAACUCCUAAUUUAAAACAAAAAAAGGAGAAAAUAAAAGUUGAAAGUACAGCAAAUGCAGCUAAAAAGAAUAGCCUUAUAAUUAUAAAAACUAUAUUUAGUAGUAUGUACAUAUACAUUGUGUACACAAUGAUACUGAAUAUUCGCAAAGAAAAAUUUACAAGAAA